CGGUCCUCGGCUGUGUGUGUGAGGUGAAGCCGGAGCCGCCUCAGCCCUCCCUGUCAGCGGCCGCUGUGUGUUCCCGGGGGGAGGGAGGGGGACAGAGGGGAGACGCGCACACUCCUCCGGCCUGCCUGUUAGCACAGAGGGACGCAGAGCCCCCGGGGGACCAUGAGCAUCGAGAUCCCGCCCGGCCUCACCGAGCUGCUGCAGGGCUAUACGGUGGAGGUUCUGCGCCAGAGGCCGCCCGAUCUGCUGGAGUUCGCCGUGCAGUAUUUCACCUGCCUGAGGGAGAAGAGGCUGCAGGAUGGCGUCGUGGCGGACGCGGCACUCCACCGGCCUCACACCCGAGUGGUCAACUUUGACGGGGAGCCCAUGCAGACCGACUCCAACGGCGAGGAAGACGAGGAUGACGAUGACUCUGACUUUGAACCUCCCGUCAUAAACAGAUACAGCAGAAGGGUAUCGGUUUGUGCUGAAGCCUUUAAUCCCGAUGAGGAGGAUGAAGACACAGAACCUCGGGUAGUUCACCCGAAAACAGACGAGCAGAGAUGUAGGCUACAGGAAGCCUGCAAGGAUAUUCUACUCUUUAAAAACCUUGACCAGGAACAGCUCUCUCAGGUUCUUGAUGCAAUGUUUGAACGGAGAGUACAACCUCAGGAACACGUCAUUGACCAGGGCGAUGACGGGGAUAACUUCUAUGUUGUUGAACGAGGGCUGUAUGACAUUUUCGUAGCUCGAGACGGACAGUCCCGCUGCGUGGGCGCAUACGAUAAUCACGGCAGUUUUGGCGAACUGGCCUUGAUGUACAACACUCCAAGGGCUGCGACCAUCGCGGCCACAACAGAAGGCGCACUUUGGGGGCUGGAUCGGGUUACCUUCAGAAGAAUAAUUCUGAAAAACAAUGCCAAAAAAAGAAAGAUGUUUGAAGCCUUUGUAGAAUGUGUUCCUGUUCUGAAGUCAUUAGAGGUUUCUGAACGUAUGAAAUUAGUUGAUGUAUUAGGUGAAAGAAUUUAUAAGGAUGGAGACCGCAUCAUUGGACAGGGCGAUAAGGCAGACUGUUUUUACAUCGUUGAAUCAGGAGAGGUGAAAAUUAUGAUGAAAAGCAAGACAAAAACUGGUCAAGAAGGUAACCAGGAAGUGGAGCUGACACGGUGUAAGAGAGGUCAAUACUUUGGUGAACUCGCUCUUGUUACCAACAAGCCCAGGGCAGCUUCUGCAUACGCGGUGGACAAUGUCAAGUGUUUAGUUAUGGAUGUGCAAGCCUUUGAACGAUUGCUGGGCCCCUGCAUGGACAUUAUGAAGAGGAACAUCACACAUUAUGAGGAGCAGUUGGUGUCGUUGUUUGGUUCCAGCAUGGACCUUCGAGAUCCAGGAAAAUAGGCACCGUGUUACCUUAGUGCCUUCUUUGUUCAAGACACAGACACAAGCCUCCUGUCAACUCGCCACACACAAGGGACAGAACACAGUGGAACAGUUAUCGCUGCUGUCUUGGGCAUUUUUUUUUUUCCUUUUUUAUUUUUUAUUUUAAAUAUUUUUUGUUUAGGAAACAGAAUUCAGCACUAGAGCCGGGGGUAGAAGUCUAGUUUGUGCCAUUAAUUUGCUGCUGAGAUCCAUUUAUUAGACCACCUUAA